UGGAGGCGGAGUCACAUGAUAAAUGUGUAGCCAGCUGAACGGAAUCGUUUCCGAGGUUCUUCUUCCGCUGUCCGUAUGUGCAGAGAGCACCUUGAUAUCGCUGGGAGGAAAAUGUCGUGUGGGCUGUGGAAAGACACCCUGGCUCUGGCAGAGGACUACCUGUCUCUGUGCUGCACAAGCUCACGGCCAGCCCCUCCACCUCCCAGCGAGUCAGCCGCUGCCAUGAGAUGUCUGGCCCAGGACAUGGAGACGCAGCACCAGGCUCGCUUCCACUCCCUCGCGCAGACCUUCCUGAAGCAGUGUGGGCCGGACCCCUGCUCCAGUCUCAGGAAGGUGAUGGAAGAGCUGGUGGGAGAUGGACACUUGAACUGGGGGAGGGUUGUUUCCCUAUUCGCCUUCACCGGGGUGCUGGCUAGACAGCUGACGGAGCAGAAUGGCAUGAAGCCCGGGCUGGACCCUGGGCAGGGGCAGGAACUGGGACAGGGGCCCGGAAACUGCAGGGAACUAGCAGAGACCAUAGCUGAUUACCUGGGAGAGGAGAAGAAAGACUGGCUGCUGGAAAACGAUGGAUGGGAGGGGUUCUGUAAGUUCUCCCGCAGCGCCAGAGAGGUGAGCCAUGACUCGUCCGUGAAGACGGCGCUGUUCGCUGCUGCUGGCGUGGGCCUCGCUGGACUCACCUUCCUCCUGGUGCGCUAGCCCAGCCUUCUGUAUCUUUAACUUGUUCUCAUUUAAUUUGGCAUAGCUAUGUAAACAUUUGAAUUUUGACAUUAAUGCUGAAAACCGGGCUCAGUCUGUAGUGAAUUCAUGGGUCUGACUUCAAGUUGUCAGCUGAGUAUUUGCACAUAGUUGGACCCUUCCACCACAUACACACACACACACACACACACAGACCUUUUGUCAUUGACUCCUUAAGAUUGUAAAAUUGAUCCCAAUGCCUUUGAGUUUUGGACUAGGUGGCAUCAGUUUGCAUAUCUUGGAUUAAUAAUUACUAAAGCACAAUCACCUUGCUUUUGAGCAUUUUGCAUCGUCAGCCUUGUAGCUAGAAAACCCCCAAUUUUAAUUUUACCCCAGAUUUUGGUUAUGAUUUUAAAAUUGUCAGCUGCCUUUCUAUUCACGUGUUUACCUGAGUUGUGUAUGUGGUAUAGAGCCUUUCUAGUGUACAAUGUAUAAAUUAAUAUAUUAUAUUUAUAUGAAAUGAAACGGCAGUAGCCCUUUUCCCAGCAAUCCAUGGCUAUUCAAAUUGUUUCAUUAAGUCUGUCCUACAUUGAUGUGAAAUGUCUGACUUAUGUGCUCAGCGGUGCCGUCAUAUGCAGUGCUGAUAACCACACAAAGGUGCUAUAAAAUGUUUUAAGAAAAUAUCUCAUCAACCUAGUAAACUGGUGACCAAACGACUUAAACAUAUUCGUAUGAAUUCCCUCCAAAGAUGUCUUAAACAUUAUAUUUUUACAUUGUUUUUCCCUAUUUAUUUGUCACU